CGAAGAAGCAUAGUAGAAUUAAGAAACGGGUCAGGGAAGGGAGGACUGGACCAGCAAAAACUGAAAAGUUGAUUUUCAUUUCUUUUUCUCCACCAAGAGCAGUUCUUUAAUCGUUCGCGGUUAAAUUCCAUCCAGAAACCGUUGGAAUAUGGUUUUUGAAAGUCCAAGGCUUUCAAUCUUGGUUUCCAGACCGUUCAUUUGCUUCCUCUCGUCUUCGAGUUGAAUUCAAUCGUUAAAAGUUGGUUUUUAUUGCAUUUUCUGAACUUACAGUCCUAUGUUGCUUGUGGUGGAUUCUACAUGGAAGCAACAUUUGCAGUAGAGGAAAAAAAUGAACACUGGGUUGAAGAGAGUUCCGGUGGAAAUACUAGCUCUCCAUCUUCACGGAACCAAAUAGCUGACCCUGUUGUUUACAAACUCGUUAGGGUAGAAGUUGAUGGGAGAUUAGUGCCUGCUACAGAUGAUGAAGUCAUGGAGGUUGAGGACUUGCUUGAAGAUGAGAAAGCUGAUUUGCCUUUAGUUGUAGACACUAGACCAGCUGAAGAGCCUAUUUAUAAUGGAGGAAUUAUCUCUGUAGCAACUACUUUAGAGCACUCGGAAGGUUUUGCACAAUCUGCGAAGAAAGAAAUCAAUGCGGAAAAUCUGGAUGCUCGGCUAGAGUAUAUUGGUGGGAUGUUGCGAAAGGUUAAACAGGAAGAGAGGCUCCGUUUAUCAUGUGAAUCUGCUGACUGUUCUUCUGAUUACAUGAAUCUAGAUGGCAAGUGUUCUGAUCAGAAUGAGAAGUUGCCAACUAGUGAUGAUAAAAUUGUAUCUGAAAACACAUUGCUGGAACCUUUGCCUUUACCCCCAGCCCGAUUAAAUAACAGUGAUGCUAAUGAAUCAGGAAGCGUGGAAACAUGCUCCAAACUUGCAGAUGGUCCAAUAAAUACUGGAUCUUCAGCUUCUGCAGUCUCCACUGGUUUGAAGCCUGAUUUUUCUAGAUUAAAGGGAGAAAUAUGCUUGGACAAUCUCACAACUAGAGAACUUCAUGAGACUUUCAAAGCUACAUUUGGGAGAGAAACUUCUGUUAAAGACAAGAUGUGGCUUAAGAGGCGGAUUGCUAUGGGAUUAACAAAUUCUUGUGAUGUUUCAACCACAACUUUUAUAAUUAGAGAUAAGACCUUGGUCGGGAAAGUUGAAGAAAGAGGAAGGAACGCAGAUGGUUCUGUGAGCAUGGGUCAAAAUUUAGUAAAAGAUAACUCUAAAGAGUCACCAAGCAGUCCAACUAACCAAAUGGAAGACAGGAAUCUCGUCUCUGGCAAGAGAUUCAGGAAACCAGAAGUUGAAUAUAAUUGUAAAGUAGAAGAUAACCAAAUAGAACAGGAAGCAGUCAAGAGAGUCCGAAAGCCCACUAGGCGAUACAUUGAAGAGCUUUCAGAAGUUGAGUCCAGGGAAUGUACUGGGAGAUUGGUUUCUUCUGUUAAAAGAUGUGGACAUGGUGAAACCUAUCCAAUUUCUCAUGUCAGUCAUGCUUGCAAUGCUCAUUCCAAGAGGACAACUUUUGUCACUAGGGAGGACUCUCUUGGAGGAUCUGGUGUUCAGGUACCCUAUGUUUCUAGGGUUCGAAGGGGGCGUCCAAGGAAAAACUUCAUGGCCCUUAUGAAAUUCCAUCCUAGUGGCAUUGGGGUAGCAGCCAAACUUGUGAAGAAGGCCCUCGGUGUUCGCGUGUCUUGGCCAGAUAAUGAUAGUGCAAACAGAAUCUGGAGAAGUGGUUCUAAUCUUAAACAAAUUCAGCAGCCAUUUGUUGUUGAAACAGAGAAUGAAAUGAGGCCUCUGGUAACUAGCACAGUAGAGCAGCAGAGAGAUGUGGAGCAGGAAAACCUAGAUUCAUGUGGAGGUAAUUCAGAUGAUAAUAUAGCUACGGUUCCAACUACUAAAGGUGGAACCAGAAGAAAGCAUCAUCGCGCAUGGACUCUCUGCGAAGUUAUGAAGUUGGUAGAGGGGGUAUCCAGGUAUGGAGCUGGAAGGUGGUCAGAAAUCAAACGGCUUGCCUUUGCAUCCCAGACUUACCGCACUUCUGUUGAUCUGAAGGAUAAGUGGAGGAACCUUCUGAGAGCUAGUUUUGCAGAGUCAGCUGGGGACAAAGGGAUGAAAAGCUCUCGUAAGCAUGCCUCAAUGCCGAUACCAGCACAUAUUCUUUUACGUGUAAGAGAGCUUGCAGAGAUGCACGCACAAACUGCACCAGAUUUGAGCUCAAACAAAUGGGUUAGUCAUGGUGUGAGAAAUGUACAUGAAACUAGUUCUGGGUACCUGUAAUUGUAUAUGAUACAAUACACUUUAGAAAUAAAGAACCAUUUAUGAUUUGUAUUCUCAAAA